CCUCCUUACCUCGCCCAACGCCGCCCUCUCCUCCUGCGGCUGCGCCCCGCCGCCCGUCGCCCGUCGCCCGACGCCCAGGCCAGCCGGCCACGCCACUGGCUGCAACCAUGGCGACCGCCGCCACCGCCGUCUACCUUCAUGAGGUGGAUAGCCGCUUCGCCGACGCCGACGAGGAGGGAGCGAUGACAGUUCCAGUCGAGGAGGUCAAGAGUAAGGAGGAGGCGGUGGAUGUGGAGGAGGAGGAGGAGGAUGAAGGGGAGUGGUCCGACUCCGACGUGGGCGACGCUCUAGAUUGGCUGGAUGCCGUGGAGGGCCACGAUGGUACGGGCCGGCCCGCCACCUCCUUCACGGCCGCAGCAGGCGCCGCCGCGGCGCGGAGGCCGAACGCGCAUGGAGGGGUGCUGUCACGCCCCUUCCAGCCGAUCUCCAACCGCACCCAGAAACUCGCCUCGCACAUCCGCGCCACGCCACUGGAGGAGUGGGAAGGUAGGAUGAAUGUGGGGAUGUCAAAUUCAGUGACGACUGCGAUAAGGGACAGCAUAAGGGAGACAGCAAUUGGGAAAACAAGGAACACAGAGAAGGCUGACCGUGCUACAGUAGAACAGGCUAUUGAUCCAAGAACACGAAUGGUUUUGUUCAAGAUGUUGAAUCGUGGCAAUUUUAAUACCAUAAAUGGUUGCAUUUCUACAGGGAAAGAGGCAAAUGUUUAUCACGCAUCAAAAGCAGAUGGCCAGGAGCUUGCAAUCAAAAUCUAUAAAACAUCUGUCCUUGUUUUUAAGGAUAGAGACCGAUAUGUCCAAGGAGAUUACCGCUUUAGACAUGGUUACUGCAAGCAUAAUCCGCGGAAAAUGGUGAAGACCUGGGCUGAAAAGGAGAUGAGAAAUCUUUUACGAGUUAAAGCAGCUGGAAUCCGAUGCCCAGUACCAUUGCUCUUGAGGCUUCAUGUGCUGGUGAUGGAAUUUAUUGGAAAAGGAGGUUGGGCUGCUCCUCGUCUCAAGGAUGCUGAUUUAUCUGAUGACAAGUUGCGUAUAAGUUAUCUUGAGUUAAUUACGACAAUGCGGACACUCUACCAAAAAUGCAAACUUGUCCAUGGAGAUCUGAGUGAAUACAACAUUCUUUAUUUUGAGGGACACUUGUAUAUCAUUGAUGUUUCACAAUCUGUUGACCUUGAUCAUCCUUCAGCGUUGGAGUUCUUGAAGGAAGAUUGCUUGCAUGUUACUGACUUCUUUAAAAAACGUGGUGUUGCUGUUAUGUCAGUAAAAGAGCUAUUUAAUUUUGUGAUUGAUCAAAAUAUUGCUGAUGAAGAUGUUGAUGAUUACUUGGAAAAGAUUCAGCAAAAGAUGUUGGAAAAUGGAGAGAUGGUUGCAGACGAAGAUGAAAUUACCCCAACAGUCUUGGUUCAGACACUGGAUUAUGUGAAACAAUGCGAAGCAGAUAUUGUCAACAUGUCAAUGAUGCAACGCCCAUCCUUGGCUUAUGAACCAACAGCAGAUAAGCUCUAUGACCAACCAUUGUUAGGAUUUGUGCGGAACAGAAAUGAGCCUCCCAAAAACCAACCCCAACCGCAACCGCAACCACAACUAGAAGAACCAUUGGAUAAUAAUGAGGAAUCUGAAUCAGAAGAUAGUGAAUGUUGCACUAGUUCUGAUGAAGAUGGUUCAUGGCAUGAGACUUCCAAGGUGGGACCUGAGGAGAGGAAGGCUGCUCGGAAGGAAAACAAAAAGAAAGUAAAGGAAGAAAAGAGAGAGGCUCGCAAGACAAAGAUCCCAAAGGCUGAGAAGAAGAAGAGGAAGAAGAUGGCAAAAGCCAAGUGCAAGCGGUAGUCAAUCUGUGUGUCAACCAAUGGUCAAUACCGUCAAGUUAAAUUAGUUAUAAAAAUACCUACUUUCAGUUAUCGUAGCCUUUUAGUUUAGACGUGAGAUGGCCUUUACGAAUGUAAUUCAACGGGAAGAAAAGGUUUCAAAUUGAGUGUACUCCAUUCUGUCGUGGAACUCUUAUGAAAUCCAAACUGUUUUUAUA